CCAAGCGGCGAAAAGAGAGCGAGCCCGCGGCGCGAUGAGCGGCCACCAGCCCGGCUGUCACCUAAACGGUUUUGACAAUGAAGCGUCCUGCAAAAAACGAGAGGAUUACUUGGAAUGGCCUGAAUAUUUUAUGGCAGUAGCAUUUUUGGCAGCACGAAGAAGCAAAGAUCCAAGUUCUCAGGUCGGUGCCUGUAUUGUGAAUUCAGAAAACAAGAUUGUUGGAAUUGGAUACAAUGGGAUGCCUAAUGGUUGCAGCGAUGAUGCGCUACCCUGGACAAGAACAGCAGCACACAGACUAGACACGAAGUAUCCUUAUGUGUGCCAUGCCGAGUUGAAUGCCAUCAUGAACAAAAACUCAGCUGAUGUGAAAGGCUGCAGCAUGUAUGUUGCCUUAUUUCCAUGUAAUGAAUGCGCAAAGCUCAUCAUCCAGGCAGGCAUAAAGGAAGUUAUUUUUAUGUCUGACAAGUAUCAUGACACUGUGGAAAUGACAGCUGCGCGGCGGAUGUUUGAUUUAGCAGGUAUUACAUACAGGGAAUUCAAGCCAAAGUGUAAGAAGAUCAUCAUUGACUUUGAUUCAAUUAACAGCACACCAAGUCAAAAGCUUCUGUGAAUUAAGUCUCAUUAAGUCUCUAGAAGAGUGUGAUUAUCCUUUUCUACAAAGCUGCUAAUGCCUUUCAUCUUGAAGUUACUUGCGACUUUUUAAUGGCUUCUGUAGCUAAAGUAGACUUCUAAGAAAUCCAAGGCAUAAAAUGUCCCCCCUCACUUCGUCCUGUCAUAUGGAAUCUAAAUCUACUUAAAUUUUGUAAUGCCUCUGUUGAAACUGGUUAAAAAGUCUAGAGUAGGUGAGGCAGUGUGAUGUGUGUAGAUCAAGCCUGGCUGGCUGCUGUGUCGGUUGCCAGGUGUCGCGCCUGUGGCCGCUGGCACUGCUGUGCACUCGGGCUAACGGUGGGGCUCUGUGACCGCUGCUGCCUCGGAACAUGCUCAUACCUGGUGGCCCCUCUCCUGGAUAUGUGGAUCCAAACAGCUAACAAAGGACAAAAAAUGCUAUCCGUGUAAAUACUAAUCUUCCAACUAGCACAACACUAAUAUUUGAAAGGUUAUACACCUUUAAAAACGUGUGACAUUCAGCAUGCCUAAGCCAACAAAUGAAAUGCUGGUUUUUCUUUUCAUUGCAAUCUUAACACUGCGACACAUGGAGAGGGAUGAAGGUGAGAGAGGAAGUCGUUCUGAGAGUGGUCCGUACCAGACCAAGCUUUACAGGUGCUUUGAAGUCCUUGUUUCCCUCAAGACUCCAGAACUAGAGCGGGUUGAGGCAGUAAAUCAUUUAGCCCUUUACCUUUGGGACUCUCCCGUGGAGUUGAUUUCUGUGUGUAGAAGGAAAUGAUUUUAUUGGUGUAAGCUGUUCCUAGACAAUCCAACAUAGCUCAGUCUUAAAAUCAACCUGUAAGGUAACCGAAUCAUUUUUUGUCCUUAGAGAGAAAUUGGAGAUAGUCAGCCCAUAUCUGUAUCUGUGGCAAAAGAGGUAAUGAUGGUGUUAGCUUGUUUCCCAGCGCUGGCGUACCUUCGUUUUCAUAAAUGUUGCCUAAAAUAAUAUCCUUUUUAAUUUUAUCUGGAGAUCUGGGAAUAGAUUGGAGUUCCUUUCCUCUAAUUUGAUUUUUUAAAAUUAAAUAUGCCUAAUGGCUUUGUUUAGAUAACAUUGAUGGUUGUU